AUGAUCAACUACAAACCGCUCAGUCCGGAUGGCAGCGACAUACGAGUGGUGCAAAUAGUCAUCACGGACACCACAACCUCCACUCAUAACGGCAUGGUGCACUGCAGGCUAAAGCACAUCCCAUUCAAGAAGAAACCAACGUCCAGAGCAUCAUCAUUAUCAUCGUCAUCAUCAUCUCUCGGCCAAUGGAUACCCCUCUCCUCCGGAGCCACCACCGCCAUCAACCCCAACGUCAACGCCAUCGAACUGUCGCCCCGCAUCACGGGCACCGCCGCGACUGACUGUCUCUGGGAUCCGAGCAAAGUGCCUCACGAUGAGCAGCUGCCAGAUGCGAGCGCGACUUCGAAAGCCGAGGCGCGCGGAGGAGACGACAACGCCCGGGUCGAAGACGGCGACUACGCCGCGCUAUCGUACGUAUGGGGGGACCCGACCAGAACCGCUCCCAUUGUCGUCAACGGUGCCGUCGUGCAGGUGACGAAGAACUUGGAGGCGGCGCUGCGGGAGCUGAGGGGGCGGCUGCCGCGGGAUGUCGUGCGUCGAAAGGAGGAAAAAGGGGAGAAGGAGGAGGAGGAGGGGAAGAAGGAAGAGAAAGAGAAGCAAGGGCAGCAGGCAAAAGAAGAAAAAACCGCCGGUCUUUGGGUCGACGCGCUCUGCAUCAACCAGUCCUCCCUCGCCGAGCGCUCAAAAGAAGUGACACGCAUGCGUGCCAUCUACGCGUCGGCACGCGAAGUCAUCGCGUGGCUGGGCCCGGCGACGGCGGGCAGCGACAUCGCGAUGACGGCGAUCGAGUGGCUCAGCGCGCGGGCAGAGACCGGAUGCGGGCUGGACGCCGGCUUCUACCACUCAACGCGGGCGGUGGACAUGCGGCCGUUGUUCGUCAAGUGGGCGCGGCACGUGAGUCCGAUGCGGCGAGAGGUGUACCGCGCGCUGUAUGACCUGUUCGCGCGGCCGUACUGGCGGCGGCUGUGGAUACUGCAGGAGGCGGCGCUGGCGGGGAAGGUUUCGCCGGUGCUGUGCGGUGGGAGGGGGGUAGUGUGGGGGGAUGUAUUCCGGGCGGCGGAGCUGAUACAGGCAGAUGAGCAUCGGUUCGGAUGGGAUGUUUUGGAGGCCGGGGGGUCGAAGUUUGGGGGGUUCGAGUGGGAUUUCACCGGGAACCGCUUGCCGUUGUCGGACCACGCCGACGACGUGUUGGACUCGGAGAGGCUAUGGAAGUUCCUGUUGGAGAUCGAGGCGCUGCAGACGGUUCAGCAUAGUGAUGCCCCCAUCGAGACUCCAGAUGUCCUGCGGACGCUCGGGCUGAGCCGCGAUGCGCAGGCCACGAACGACAAAGAUAAGGUCUACGGUAUUCUUAGCCUGAGGAGCAUCGCCGGCGCUUCUUCUCAGAUCACGCCGGAUUACGGCUUAAAUACCACGGAUAUCUACCGCCAGUUCACGCAGGCUAUGUUCUCGAGUGGUCGUAAUCUGAGCGGUCUUCGUCUCAUCUACAGCCCAAUCGGGCAGGUGCAGGGCUCUUACGAGAUGUUCUCGAGGAUGCUACCGGCGAAAUAG